AUGGCUUUCUCCUUCGGUGAUAUACCCAACUCUCUUUCUGGACAAUUUUUUGACGAUUUAUCGUUCACCUAUGCUGACCGUGAUUCUGGCUUGAACUUUCUCGGUCACGAGAGCGCGACACCUCCAGCUUCAUCACAUUACCUCGCCCCUUCUCCAUCUGGUACCGACGCGUCUUUUUAUGUUCCCCCUCGCCGUACUAGCACGCGUCAUCCCGAUCCAAAACAUAUCCCUCGCCCUCGCAACGCUUUCAUCUUCUUCCGUUCAUGGUACAUCAACAAUAACCGUGACUCCAAGGACGUGCAGCAGAACGAAUUAAGCAAACAAGCCGGGAAAGCAUGGAACAGUAUGUCGGAAGAGGCGAAGAGACCGUUCAUGCAACUGGCCGCUGCCGAGAAGGAGCACCACUAUAACACGUACCCUGACUAUGUCUACUCACCCAGCACGAAAUCUGGUGGCAAUCCAACUGGCUCGCAGAAGACCAAGGGGAAGAGAAGGUCACCAAGUGCAUACGAUGAUAUCGCUUCUCGUACGACAUCCGAUCCUUCAAAAGUAACAUCAGCGUCGUGGUAUCACUCUGGAGAGGGUUUCUCCUUUGAACAAGGACCGCCUUCUCCAUUCCAUGCUCAUCUUGAUUCCGUUCCGAGCCAAUUCGCGUACCAACAAAACGCUCACGACUUCAUGCCAUCGUAUAUGCCGACUCUUCCAAACACCUUCGAUAUGUUCAAUCAAAGUUCAAAUAGCAUGUCAUUGGAUAUUCCGGCUUCCGAUCCUUCGGCAUAUUCUCGUUAUUCGGGGCCGUCCUCUUUGACAUGCGAAAACCCUUAUCCUAGCACCGACUAUCUGGCCUUGUUGGAGCAUCCAUUCUCAGAGGAGACCUAUAAUUGCGAAGACAUGAUGCAACGUUGCAUAGAUGAAGUACUUGCUGCGACCUUUUUGGAAUUUUCUGGUGGAUAUUACGGUCAGAACGGGUCCGCAUUUAAUUGA